AAAAACAACUAACCACUAUCAUUACAUUACCCAACUAGGCAAUUCGCCAUGAACCGUCAAUUAACCAGAGAGGAGAUUCAAAAGAUUAUUCAAAGAUGGCAUCAGUUAAAAAAUCAGUAUGGAGAACAGGCUGUCAAUGUACCGGAAUUUGCCCAGUUAAGUAAGGUGAUAAAGUUUCUUCAGCAGAACCAGCAACAGCUCCAGAGACAGCAACCACAGCAGCAGCAGCAGCAGCAACAACAACAACAACAGAAUGCUCAAUUCUCUAACCAGGGUUUACAGCUGAAUUUCAUCAAUUCCAGUAAUAACACUCCCAAUAUGGGCAAUGCCAAUAUCACUAAUAACAAUGUGAAUAAUCAGUUCAAUCAACAAGGGUUCAUUCCUCAACAACAGCAACAACAGCAACAACAACAGCCUCCAUUACCACAGGAUCCUUCUAUGCAACAACAACAACUUCGAACCGGAGAAUCGGCAUUCACCACUCAACAAUUCCAAUUGGUUAAGUCUCAGUUCCAGGCCCUUAAGUAUUUAUUAAAGGGUGCUGGACAAGCCAACCAACCUAUUCCUCAGAAUUUAAUUACUUUUGUAACUAAUGAUAGAUCGGCAUUCCCUAAUGGUAACUAUCUUCCUGCCGCUUCAAGCUUGAGACCUCAAGGGUUUGAUCAAAAUCAAAAUCAAACUCAAACUCAAGCUCAAAGUCAAAGUCAGACUCAACCAUUAAACCAAAAUCCUAAUAAUAUUGUUCCUCCAAAUUCUCAAUCUCCUCCAUUACAGACCAUUAUGACUGGUAAUAAUAACAAUGUCAACAAUACUACUAAUAAUUUCAUUAAUAGUCCUGCUAUUUCAUCACCUAAUCUUAAUGAUCCUAAGAAGAAAGGACAAAUCCCUACUCCAAUUCAAGCACCAGCCUCAAUUUCAUCAUCAAUAAGUCAAGGCCAAAGUCAGAGUCAACAAAGUCAAAAUCAAAGUCAAAGUCAAGUUUCAAUGGCUCCUUCAAUACCUGAACCUCCUAAACCAUUAAGACCAAUAUUACAUGAACCUCAAGCACCAAUUAAUAUUAAUAAAUUAGUUCCUGAUAUGGCCAAGAAUAAUCAAGUUAUAAUUCCCAUUAAUAAACCUAAUAUUCAAGUAGAUAGUUUUGAAGUACCAGAUAUUUUUAGUGAUCAAGUAAGAGAUAUUCAAUUUAAUGCAAUUUAUGCUCCACAAAGUAGAAUUGAAUUUCCUGGAUUAUUACCAGAAGGAAUUAGUUUGGAUGAUAUUUAUAAUAAUAAAGAGAUUUAUUUUAUAUUAAAGAUUGAACAAGAAAUUGAUGAUUUAAAGAAACGACUUGAAUUACUAAAGGAAUCCGAUAAUCAAGAAGAAUAUAAUCAAUUAAAUUUUCAAUUAAAUCAACUUGAAUUAUUACCUUAUCAACGAGAAUUAAGAGGUAAAAUUUUAUCUCAACAAUGGUUUAGUAAAAGUAUAUUACCUAAUUCUCAUCCCAAUUUUCAAUGUAGAUCAAGUGCUUUAUCACUUGAAAAUGUUUCUGCAACUCAUGAUUUAUAUAAACAUCAAUUAGAAACUUUGAUGCAAGUUCAAAAUCAAAAACAUCAAAAGACUAUAAAUGAAAUAUUAAAUUAUGUGGUUAAACAUGAUGAUAUUGUUCAACGGAAAUUUGAUAAAAUUAAUCGAUUUUCAACAAAAAUUAGUAGUUUUCAUAAUCAAAUAGCUAAAGAAGAACAAAAGAGACUUGAAAGAAUGGCAAAACAACGUUUACAAGCUUUGAAACUGAAUGAUGAAGAAGCUUAUUUGAAAUUAUUAGAUCAUACUAAAGAUACUAGAAUUACUCAUUUAUUAAAACAAACUAAUCAAUUCUUAGAUUCUUUAGCUCAAGCUGUCCAAAAUCAACAACGUGAAACUCAUGAUAGUGUUAUGGGAAGUGGUAGAAUUAUUAAGGAUGAAACUUCAACUUCAACUUCAACUCCAAUUCCAAUUCCAAUUCCUAAUCCAAUUCAAUCUUAUUCAAAUGAUGAUGAUAGACGAGAAAAAGUUGAUUAUUAUAAUGUUGCGCAUCGAGUUAAAGAAGAAGUUAAUAAACAACCAUCAAUAUUAAUUGGAGGUACAUUAAAAGAAUAUCAAUUAAAGGGAUUACAAUGGAUGGUAUCAUUAUUUAAUAAUCAUUUAAAUGGAAUAUUAGCUGAUGAAAUGGGAUUAGGUAAAACAAUUCAAACCAUAUCUUUAUUAACUUAUUUAGUUGAAAUUAAACAAAUUAAUGGACCAUUUUUAGUAAUUGUACCAUUAUCAACAUUAACUAAUUGGAAUUUAGAAUUUGAUAAAUGGGCACCUGGAUUAAAAAAAAUUACUUAUAAAGGUACCCCAAAUCAACGGAAAGUUUUACAAAUUGAUAUUAAAAAUCGUAAUUUUCAAGUAUUAUUAACAACUUUUGAAUAUAUUAUAAAGGAUAAAGCUUUAUUAUCAAAAAUUAGAUGGGUUCAUAUGAUUAUUGAUGAAGGUCAUCGUAUGAAGAAUGCCAAUUCUAAAUUAUCAGAAACUUUAACUCAUAAUUAUCAUAGUGAUUAUCGAUUAAUUUUAACCGGUACUCCAUUACAAAAUAAUUUACCAGAAUUAUGGGCAUUAUUAAAUUUUGUAUUACCCAAAAUUUUUAAUUCAGUUAAAUCAUUUGAUGAAUGGUUUAAUACCCCAUUUGCCAAUACUGGAGGACAAGAUAAAAUUGAACUUAGUGAAGAAGAAACUUUAUUAAUUAUUAGAAGAUUACAUAAAGUUUUAAGACCUUUCUUAUUAAGAAGAUUAAAGAAAGAUGUUGAAAAGGAUUUACCAAAUAAAGUUGAAAAAGUUGUUAAAUGUAAAAUGUCUUCAUUACAACUGAAACUUUAUCAACAAAUGUUAAGAUUUAAUAUAUUAUUUGCUGGAGGACUUUCAGGAGAUAAUACUCCAGUAACCAUUAAAAAUGCUAAUAAUCAAAUUAUGCAAUUAAGAAAAAUUUGUAAUCAUCCAUUUGUUUAUGAAGAAGUUGAAAAAAUGAUUAAUCCAUCAAAGGAAACUAAUGAUCAAAUUUGGAGAGUGGCUGGUAAAUUUGAAUUAUUAGAUAAAAUAUUACCGAAAUUUAAAGAAACUGGUCAUCGAGUAUUAAUAUUCUUUCAAAUGACUUCAAUUAUGGAUAUUAUGGAAGAUUUCUUAAGGUAUAGAUCUAUGAAAUAUAUGAGAUUAGAUGGAGGAACUAAAGCAGAUGAUAGAACUAUAUUAUUAAAGGCAUUUAAUGCACCUGAUUCAGAUUAUUUUUGUUUCCUUUUAUCAACCAGAGCUGGAGGAUUAGGAUUAAAUUUACAAACGGCUGAUACAGUUAUUAUAUUUGAUACCGAUUGGAAUCCUCAUCAAGAUUUACAAGCUCAAGAUAGAGCUCAUAGAAUUGGACAAAAGAAUGAAGUAAGAAUUUUAAGAUUAAUUACUGAAGAUUCUGUUGAAGAAAUGAUUUUAGAAAGAGCUCAUGCAAAAUUAGAAAUUGAUGGGAAAGUUAUUCAAGCCGGUAAAUUUGAUAAUAAAUCAACCGCAGAAGAACAAGAAGCUUUAUUAAGAGCUUUAAUUGAAAAAGAGGAAGAACGGAAACAAAAGGGAGGUUCAGAUGAUGAAGAAGAUUUAGAUGAUGAUGAAUUAAAUCAAAUUAUUGCUAGAACUGAACAAGAAUUAGAUGUAUUUAGAAAAUUAGAUGAAGAACGAGCUUCAACCACUAAAAAUGCUUCAUAUAGUAGUCGAUUAUUUACUGAUCAAGAAUUACCAGAAAUUUAUAAAAAAGAUCCUGAAUCUUAUAUGAAAACUGAAGAAUCAAUUAUUGAAGAAUAUGGUAGAGGUACAAGAGAAAGAAAGAUUGCUAAAUAUGAUGAUAAUUUAACUGAAGAACAAUGGUUAAGACAAAUUGAUGGAGUUGUAUCUGAUGAUGAUAGUGAUCAAGAAGAAGUUAAACCUUCUCGAGGUAGAGGUAGACCAAGAGGUAGACCUAAAUCUAAAGGACCUGAUACCAAUACUAGUAAUAGUAAAAAUGUUACUCCGGAUAUUAUAACCGCUACUGAAUCAGAAACUGGUAAUAAUUCAGAUAAACAUUCUAUUGAUGAAGAUGAAAAAUCAAGUGAUGAACCUGCUAUAAAGAGAAUUAAAUCUCUGACUCCAAGACCUUUAACAACAAGAGGUAGAGGUAGAGGAAGAGGUAGAGGUGGUAGAGGUAGAGGAUCAUUAUUAUAUCGAGCCACUCCAAGUAUUGAUCCAUUAACUUUAGAUGAACGAGCUAAACUUCAAAAUAUGAUUGAAACUAUUUAUGGAAUGGUCCUUAAUUAUACUAAUGAACAUGAAAGAAGAUUAAGUGAAUUAUUUUUAGUUAAACCAUCUAAAAAGGCAUAUCCUGAUUAUUAUGUAUUAAUUAAGCAUCCAAUUGCCUUAGAUACUGUUAAGAAAAGAAUUAGUUCGAGAAGUUAUACUCAAAUUCGAGAAAUGUUGGAAGAUCUUCAUUUAAUGUUUAGUAAUGCCAAGAUUUAUAAUGAAGAAGGAUCUAUUGUUUAUCAAGAUGCUGCUAAAUUAGAACUGUUAGCGUUUGAAAAAGUUCGAGAAUUAGUCAAUGAUUUAGAUGAAAAGGAGGUUAAUAAGAUUUUAGAUUUUACGGAUUUUGAUGAAAUCUUUAAUUUAAAACCAUUAAAUGUUAAUCCAGCUAUUAAACAACCAAUUGAAGCUAAAUUAGAAAAACUUGAUAAUGAUGAACCUAUUGAUAGUCCUAUUGUGGGGAUAUCCACCAAUGCUGGAUCAGAAGAUUCGACUCCUAUGCCAUUUGAAUGAUGUAGGGGAUGUAUAUUAGUUGUACUUUAUAUAUUAUUACUUUAUAUAUUACUUUAUAUAUUAUUACUUAGUUA